AACUGUGACCCAAGACGAUACGAGAUUAUUUUAAGUCAGUUAUAGUCAGUGGCUUUCGAAAAUGAAGUUGCUUCGACUUUUCUCUUGUUGUUUGAUUUUUUUCACAAGUGCGAACAGCUUACCAGUGGGACUUUUGUACAACCAUAAUGUGCCAGAAGCAUUCAAAUUACCACAAGAAAAUGAUGUCUCGAGUCCGGAAAUUAAACUCAAAGUGCCCGUGGUUUUUUACGGAACGAAAUUCAACUCGAUUUUUGUCAAUUCAAACGGCUUCGUUUCCUUCCAAACCGAAAUCCCCAACUUCUUUAACAUCGAGUUUCCCCUCGACUACCCACUCAUCGCCCCCUUUUACACCAACGUGGACACCCGAAGCACCGGAACAAUCUCUUACUACGAAACCGGCGACCCCUCUCUCAUACGCCGAGCCACGGAAAACGUCCGUGAAUACUUCUCCGACCAGGAAAAUUUCCAAGCCAAAAGUUUAUUUAUCGUAACUUGGUUCCGUGUUGGUUAUUUCAACAGAGGCAGCGACAAAACCAACACUUAUCAACUAGUGAUCAUCACCGACGGCGCCAAGUCAUUCGUUGAACUCCUCUACCCCAAAGAGGGUAUCCAAUGGAUCCAAGGCACCGGAGACGAGUCCGGUCUCCCGGACGCCCGCGCCCAAGCCGGGUUUAUCUCCGCCGAAGGCAAAAUGUACACGCUUCCGGGCUCCGGGACUGAGCAAGUCCGGAAUUUGGAAGUGUGGUCGAAUAUUGAUCUACCGGGUCAGUUCAUAUACAGGGUUGAUGGAAACGAUGUAGUAGGACCCGAUUUGAUUAUCGACGACUUGAAGAGUGAUGAGAAUCCGCAGACGUGUGCUGAAGCUACGACUUAUUGUCACGUCCAGGCGAAUUGUCUUGACUAUGAGGAAGGGUUCUGUUGCCAGUGCAAGAAGCAGUACUACGGGAAUGGGAGGUUUUGUGUAAAGAAAGACGUUCCCCUAAGAGUCAAUGGGAAAAUCAACGGUAAAAUAAACGGUGAAAGACUAGAAAACCUAGAUUUGCAAUCAUACAUUGUCAUGGUCGAUGGCCGUGCCUACACUGCAAUAAGCAAAAUCCCCGAAUCUAUCGGUUUUGACAUCCAAUCGUUACAAAUUUUGGGUGGAGUCAUCGGUUACAUUUUUGCCAAACCAAUAAGAAACGCCCAAAAUGGGUAUCAAUUCACGGGAGGUGUUUUCAACCACACUGCAAUUCUCAAAUUCCUAAACACAAGUCAAACGGUUACUAUAAAACAGAAAUAUAUGGGUUUGGACGUUUUUGAUCAGUUGAGACUUGAGACUAACAUUCAGGGGGAUAUUCCGACUUUACCUUUUGAUUCAAAAGUAGAAAUCGAUGAAUAUCAAGAGCAAUAUACUUUGACGAGUCCUGGAGUAAUUCAAAUGUCAUCAACCCGAUUUUUUAAAUAUUUGAACGAAAAUAAAGAAGAAAUCACCGUUUCAUAUGACAUUGAACAGGUUUACACCUUUGAUUACUGCAAAUACGAGAAUGUUUCACUUGGGGAAACGUGGAAGCUUAAAGUUGGCAAAAACUUCAUCAGCUAUGAGAGCAAAGAGCAGAUCAUACGUUUCGGUUUGACUAACAAAAUCAUGCCUUUGGGCGAAAUCGACCCUUGUCAAGAUGGCCGGUCCCAAUGUACCCCCUUCAGUGCCUGUGUCGUAGACGGGGACAGUUUCCGGUGCGUUUGUAACCCCGGAUUCCAACAAAUGUUUGCCGGGAAUGAGACAAUCUGCGCCGACAUCGACGAAUGCCAAACCGGACUUCACAGCUGCGACCAAAACGCGGCUUGUGUGAACCAAGUCGGGUCUUACUCCUGCACUUGCAACCCAGGAUUCACCGGAAACGGGCAAGUGUGCGAAAACGAAUUCACCUGUCAUAAUGUCAUUUGCCCCCCGAAUUCCGAAUGUUUGGAGGGGGACAACGUCGCAGUAUGUCGAUGCAUGCCCGGAUUUAGCGGAGACGGGCAAGUGUGUACCCCUUUGGUCGACCGAAGUUGCCACACAGCCAACAAUUGUGACCCUUUUGCUGUUUGCACAAUCGACCCCAAAACCAAUAGUUACUACUGCGCGUGUUUGCCGGGGUACGAAGGAGACGGUUACAGCUGUAACAAGACUGAAGUACAAAAUGUUACCGAAGUUACCGUAGAGAAGGAGAUUCAGAGGUGUGUCUUGGGGGUGUGUUGGUGCCCCGAAGGGUACACUUUUGAGAAAGGUACUACCUACUGUAUUCCCAAGGAUGUGACGACUGUGUUACCACCAACUACACUAAUUCCGGAUAAUGUUACAUGUGACGUCUUAAAUAAUUGUGGCCCCAACGCUCAGUGUGUCUAUAGCUCCGACAAUGAAUCGUUCCUUUGUAAAUGUAACGAAGGUUACGAUGGUGAUGGUUACAAGUGUGAAUUUGUAACCGUUUCGUGUGCGCAGGAAUAUAAUUGUGGGCCUAAUGCGAAUUGUCACUAUGACGAAACAGUCGGAAAAUCGAAAUGCGUGUGCAAUCCGGGGUAUUUCGGAGAUGGAUUCAAUUGCACGAUUUCUGCCAUCUGCACUUCCAAUGCUGAUUGCACCCAAACCGAAGAGUGUCUCCUCUCCAGCUCCCAGCGCUAUGAAUGCAUCUGUAGGGAAGGCUACGUCCGCGAUUCCCAGCACCAAUGCAUUAAACCCAGCACUUGUGGAGGAGGAAUUUGCGUCGAAAACGCCGAGUGCCUCUACGACGACACUUAUCAACUCCACUAUUGUUCGUGCAAAAGCGGCUACAUGGGUGACGGUAUAACCGAAUGCAAGCCACGUCCCAUUGGUUGUAAUAUUGAUAACAAAUGCGGCCUACACGCCACCUGCGAGUAUGACCCUUCCACAUCCCUAUAUGAAUGUCAGUGUGAACGCGGUUACUACGGCGAUGGUUACGUGUGUUAUACCGAAAUCAACUGUCACAUCGAGCCAACUUUGUGCGACCCACAAGCGACAUGUGUUACAGAUUCGAACAGGAGGUAUAUUUGUCAGUGUAACACAGGUUACGUCGGGAAUGGAACUAUCUGCCAGAAGAAUCCCACCCAUGAAGGGAAUUUCCUACUGCUCAAUCAGGGAAUGUCAACUUUGAAAAUCCCAUUCGAGCCCACGAAGCAAAAUCCGGGAAAGCCGAUCCAAGUCAAGUAUUUCCAGACCGCUGUUGGUUUGGAUAUUGACUGCUACGAGGGACGGGUCUAUUGGGGUGAUAUAAGUGGGAGAGCUAUUAGGAGUUCUACCUACAACGGGAGUAACAAAAGCGACUUUAUCGUGGACGGGAUUGGGUCACCGGAAGGACUAGCCGUUGAUUGGAUCUCAAGAAAUAUUUAUUGGACGGAUUCAACCAAAGACACGGUCGAAGUUGCGAGUAUUGAAACGAGGCGAAGGCGAGUCCUGUUUGACUUCAAUCUGGUUAAUCCUAGAGGAAUCGCCAUCCAUCCGCAACGAGGUAAAAUCUUUUGGACCGAUUGGGACCGCAAGAACCCCAAAAUCGAAUGGGCAAAUGCCGAUGGUACUGGCCGUAGUAUUUUCCUCCAAGGCGAAUCAGUCUCUCUCCCCAAUUCCCUCACCAUUGACUACGACACUGAACAGUUAUGUUACGCCGACGCCGGAACGAAAAAGAUUGAAUGUAUCGAUAUUGACAGUAAAAUCAGACGUACAAUUGCCACCAACUGUACAUAUCCAUUCGGAAUAACAGUCACCGAUAAACACAUCUAUUGGUCGGAUUGGAUCACGAAGAAAAUUGAAAGAGCCGACAAAAAUACUUUGACACGUUUGCCACCACUACAGGUUCCUUUAGGUGGCAGUGGAAAUAAGUUGUUUGGGUUGGUAGCAGUCCCUCAGAGUUGUCCUCAAUUGACAAACGUGUGCCAAUAUUACAAAGACCAAUGCCCUGUCGAUCACAUUUGCCUCCCGAAUGGUGCAGGAAGUCGGACUUGUGUCUGUACUUACAAAGCCGACAGUUCUGAAACACCUUCUUGCAAAUUAUAAUUACGAUUAAUUAAGUUUGUAGUUUAGGUUUUUUUACAAUAAAAACUCUUUUCUAA